AUAAAAAUUAAUAAUGUGUUGAUUGCAGGAGUUGCAACAGAGGAUUGAGACAGUGACUGAGAGUUGGGGACCAAAUGGAAGUCAACCAUCAGAGAUGGAUUACAAAGAGGAGAUGGGUAAAAUCAGAAAAGAGAUUGUCAAUUUCCAUGGUGAAAUGGUGCUUUUAAUGAACUAUAGCAAUAUCAACUACACAGGGUUGGCCAAGAUCUUGAAGAAAUAUGACAAGCGAACUGGUGGGUUGUUGCGCUCACCCUUCAUUCAGAAUGUGUUGCAGCAACCUUUUUACACAACUGAUCUCAUAUCAAAACUUGUCAAAGAAUGUGAAAGCACCAUCGAUGCAAUGUUCCCAGUGGUUGAAGAAGAAGAAGGAAUAAUCCGCGGAGAAAGAGAGGCGAUUAUGGUGUCGGGAGAAGGAAUUUUUAGGAAUACAGUUGCAGCUCUAUUGACUAUGCAAGAGAUUAGAAGAGGAAGCUCCACAUACGGCCACUUCUCUCUACCGCCUCUCAACUUGCCGGAUUCUGAUUUCAUCCAGGCCUUUCAACUCAAUUCACCCAUACCAAUUCCCUAAUAUUAGAGAAAUUAUGAUACAUGCAAUACAUUUAACACAUAUAGUUGGCCAUAAUUUUGUGUUUUUUGGGGAUUGGCUAAAUGCUACAUAAUACAUGAUGUAUAAGAAAGUAGGCCUACCGCUUCUUCCUUAUUUUUAUUUUAUUUUUUUGUUGUAUGCUAAUUAGUAUGUUGAAAGAUGAGCUUCUCUUUUAGA